AUGACCGACAACAGUGCCACUGGCAGGACACCAGACGGGGGAGAACACGACGACGCACCCGCACAGCAAGAGGCGGCACCGGCAACAGCUGGUCAAAGUGAUGUUCAGCAGGUUCAAAAGCCACCAAACACUGAUGGGAACGCGUCUGCGGGCCCAUCCAAACCUCGACACACCAUUCGCAAACUCGUCCCACCGCGUCCGUUUCCUACGGUUCCGGCCUCGGUCUCUGCCACAGGCCCACGUUCGGCCCAUACGGAGGGCAAGAACUACAUCUGCAUCACACGCAAGACGCAGCUUGGCGCGUAUCUGCGGCGGUGUAAGGAUGUCAUCAUGAAGGACGGGUACAAAACCUUGCAUCUGAGCGCCAUGGGCGCUGCCAUACCCCAGCUCAUGCAGCUCACGCUCUCAUUACCCGGCAUCCUACCUCACGCGCCAGACGAGAUCCGGACCGAGGUGCUGACCGGGACGGUGCAAGUACAGGACGAAGUGAUUCCUGACGACGAGGACGAGGACAUCUCGUAUCAGGUCCGAGGCAAGUCGACCGUCAGCGUCGUCAUCACGAUCGGAGACGGUGUGGAUGAGAGUAGCGGGAGGGGGAAGGCGCGAAGUCAGGGCAAGCGGGCGCAAGCUACGGUCGCAGCUGCAGGUGCCAACGCUGGAGCGGGCAGAGCGGCAGGAAGCAAGGGUAAGCAAGUGACAGCUGCAGCACGGACUACCACUACGAACCAAGCAAUGGACUCUGCAUGA